CGAAGACUACUUUUGAUGAAUGACGUCACCAGGUCCCACCUUCCCAUUGGCCGCUGCAGUUUGAAUUUCAAAGUUUCUGCAGCUGCGCCAGUGUGGGGCUGUCUUGGAUAUCGGCGCUCGAGCGACAAGCCUCCAUCUGCCACCAUGAGCACUGUAAAAUCAUCUUUGUUGUCUCUGACGAAGAUGUUUGCUGAUAAAACGCAAGAGUUUUUAAAUGACAUUGACAAUGUCCACAUGGUUUGGCUUGAGGAGAUCCAACAGGAGGCCAAACUGAUGUUUUCAAGCGAUUCUAAUUUUGAACCGGAGUUAAUGCCCAAAACGCCAUCACAAAAGAAGAAUAGUCGCAGGAAGCGCGUGUCGGUCGGCCGGCAGGAAGAUUCUCAAUUCAGGCGCAGGCUCUCAAGGGGUCGACGAAGUAAUCUCCGUAGCGUCACUAUCAAGCAACUGGACUUCAUUUCUGAGAAUGCCAUUGCCGAUGUUUCCGCAGCUGGCAGCAGCACCGGUGCACGUCCAAAACGCACUACUCGCAAAAAUAAACAAAGCAUCGCGGAGAUUGCCGAGGAUGUGAACCAGCCUUCUCGUACAAUCCCCGAGAUUCAAGUUGAGUGUAACAAAAAGCCAGAGCUGGUUGAGGAUGAAAGCGUGGCUAAAAAUACCGAGGUGGACAAUACAGACGUCCCACCGGAAGAGCCGUGUGAUGUCAGAAGGCAUUCUCCAAUUAAGAUAGAGUCACCUAACGUUGUGGUCAGCAUCUCUGCAUCAGAGCGUUUGUCUGCUGAGCAAGAAAUCCAGCCCAUACCUUCACCUGGGCGCAGCGCUGCAAAGAUCGCGAUAGCCGGCAAUGGCAGAAGCUCACGGCGCAGCUCCGUGAGGUGCUCAUUGAAGGCCCGUCGCUCCCUGGCCAGUUUGCGGCACAGCAUGAUGCAGGAGUCUCUGCGCCGUAGCUCUCGGCGGUCCUUGCUGAAGAAGAACGCGUCUCGCAAGGCCAACUCAUCGCGAAGCAGCAUCAUCGACUCCACUUCUCCUUGUGAGUCAAUGGAAGAGAUAGAUGAAGUAGCAUCCGAACCUGUGACCACAGAUCCUGAAGUUGCCAUGAUCACUUCAGCCGAUCCUCCUGAGCCCGUGUUGAGUGAGCAGCCAUUAUUGGCACAUGUCACUCGUUCUGUGGCUGUAAACUCCCCCAAGCUGGCCCCACCUUCACUGUAUUCUCCCGAGCGGUACAACGAACAAAAGACAUCAGUUAACAUGAAACAGAGCCCACUGCCGAGUCAAAGGUCAACUAAUUGCGUCAAACGCAAAACGGCCUCCCCUCCAGAAAGACCUACAAAGAGGUUCUCGAACCUCAAGAACAAUCAGAGUGCUCCCAGACCGCACAUGAAAUCAUUUCUUCACACUGUGCAGAAGAAUCAGAUGCUGAUGACUCCGACUGCCUACAGCCGUAGUUCUGUGGUCAAAUCCUUCAUUCGACAGAACACUCCUCUGAAGUUUGACCCAAAGAUGGGCAUGACUAGAGUGGCCAGAGAGCGGCAAAAGCUGGAAGCACUGAGAAAGAAGCAGGAACAGGAAGAGGAGCGAAUGAGGAAAAUGGAGGAGGAGAAAAAAAAGAAGCAAGAGGAGUAUAAAAGGAAGAGGGAUGAGAGGCUAAGAAAGGUGACUGAGGCAAAAGAGAAAGAAGUGCAGAGGGAAGAAGAAAAAAAGAAGAAGAUUGAGCAAAAAAUGGCCAACAUUGAUGAGAAAAAUGAUAAGCGUCAGGCGGCAGAGAUGGCCAAGAAGCGAACUGCCACCAAACGCCAGGAAGAGCUUGAACAGAAACGGAAGCUGGAAGAAGAAAUGAAAAGGAAGAAGAUUCAACAAGCGGAGGAGGAGAAGCGCCAACAAGAGUUGCUGACUAAGAAGGCCAAGGAGGAUGAAUUAAAACCCAAAAAGCUAGCAGAAGCUCGCAGAGCCUUGGAGCUGGAGAGUCAACGCCUAGCUGCUGCUGAAAGGGAGCGAGUUGAAAAAGAAAAGGCUUUCGCUCUGCAACGGGAACUGGAAAGAGCAGCUCGCGAGAAGGAAGAGAAAAGAAAACAGAUUCUAAAAUUCUCUCUGUUCCACCAGGAAGAGGAACAGCAGAGGUUAGCUGCAGAGGAGAAGGCUGCGAAAGACAAAGAGGCUGCUGCUGCUGCUGCUAUAAAAGUUGCAAAGAAAGCUGUUCCCCUCAAUGUGACUAUGGAUGUUGAGAAUUCUUUGUUGAAAACUCCGGCAGGAAAAGGUGUCGGCCUCAACGUGACUGUGGAUGUUGAGAAAUCACCACAGUCUUAUUCCAUCACUCCAAAGGGUGUCAACAAAACUUUGACUUUGUCCAAAAAUCCAGAAAACUAUGGGAUGGACCUAAACAGUGAUGAUUCUACUGAUGAUGAGUCGAAGCCAAGAAAGCCCAUUCCCUCUUGGGCAAAAGGUCACAAUCUAGAGCAGAUUAUUUUGAGGCAGUACUUCAACCCUCCAGACAUGGAUUCUUUCUUUGGACCAAUCGAGCCGCCUAAACUGGAGAAGCUGUUUUACAAGAGGAAAUCGCGUUACUUUAAACGCACCAGCUCUGCUGUGUGGCACUCACCCCCCAACGCCAGCAAAUACUGAUGGAGUGAUACCGUGCUGUACACAUUUUUUUUUUUUUUAAUUUCAACUUAAUCCCAAUAAAAAGGUAAUCGGUUUUCAUGGAAAAUAAGUGAAUGUCUAUCACAGAUGACUUUUUUUUACUGUUAAAUACCUGAAAUUGUUUUGUUUGGCAUGUGACAUACAGACAGAAUUUUCUUAGUCCUGCUUCCUGCUCGUUGCUGCUUUGUUUCCGCCGCCAUCUACGAGCACGCCCAGCAAGUCUCCUUCAGCCAAUGAGAUUCCAGAAUCAUUAGGGGAAUUUUGCUGAUUGGCUUCUUGUUGCGAAGGCAUCGAGCUGGGUGCGGUCAUUGUAUUGAGCCCACCGUUGCUGGCCUUAACAUUGGCCGCAAAGUUACCAAAGCUGCUAAGAUUGUUGGUGUUGAGAAGAUUUCCUGUCGUGCCAGCGCCGCUGCUGCUUGUCACAUUAAUACUGCUCGAGCUACUGUUAGGAUUAUUUGGAUUUGCCGGUCCAUGACGAUAGGGAGGGGUGAACGAGAACACCCUUUCUCCCCCGCUUCCUGUCGCUCUAGCGCUCUGGGGUCCCGCCUGGCUGUCGGCGGACGGCAACGUUUCCAGUGUCAGGCACGGAAGAGGAGGCCGGCGAGACAGCAGGCCGUGUCCACGUCGGAGUUUGGAUAUGGGACAAAGCUCGGGCGGAGGGUCGGGGAAGGAGAAGGCCGGGGCGGCGGACGUUUCGCCGUCCUCGCUCAGCCAGGGGAAAGCCGACGAUGGUGGCGGAUUGUGACUGGGGGUGUUGGGGGGUAGAAGCUGUGAGCCGACAGUCUGAGGCGCGAGGGAGCUGCAGCUCUGAUCCCAUUCAUUCAGAAGUCGCCGGGCAGGUCGAGGUCGGGGCAUUGCUGGGGGAACGCAAUGGAUUGGCGUCUGGGGGCAACUGUAGAAGCCUGCUCUCUCAUAUAAGGGCAUCCCGGAGAAGACAUAAUCCUGAUCUCGAUCUGCAUUUAAGGGCUGGCGGGCUUGGUUGGUGACCGACUGAGCUUCUGGGUGUAAGUACAGGGGGAAUCGACUCAAUGGGGCUCCGGGACGGCGCCGGAGCAGGGAGACCCGAGAAGAGCGAGGGAAGCUGGGGGACUGGACACCCAGGAAGCGACCCAAACCUCCCAACAGCGGAGUGGAGUAGUUGGCUUCCUCGUUUUCUUUAAUCUGCUCCAAAUUGGACUGAAACUCCAUUUCCUCUUUAGGAACACUAUAGAGCACAACAAUAUCAUAAUAGCAAUGAAACGCUGUUCAGAAUGAUUCCAGAUUCCCUAUAUCGAGUGUCCAAAUUCGCUCAAAUAUUCAGAAUACAGUUUUUAGACUCUCGUAGAAGAUUUGACUUUAAAGCAUACCUAAUAUCCAAAGCCGAACCCAUAAAUGACGGUUUGCAGUGAUCUGCGCUGGCAGUAGUGUAGGGAGGGCGAGGCUCGGACUCAUUCCAGUACAUGUCCUUCUCAACUAGAGGGAGGCUGUCGUACAUCUCAUCCACAGACAGCAAAGAUACCUGAAACACAAUCACACAGCUAGGACCAAUAGUGACAGCUCCUUUGUUCUUAUGUAAAUCAGCCAUUUUUCAGCCACGGUGUAUAUUUGACAUCACAUUGGACCGAUCACAAAGAAUAAUUUCAGAUCACAUCAGAACCUGUAAAUUGCGAUCGACAAGCCAGUUCGUCUCAAAGUCGUCAUCGUCUUCGCCAAAAGGAUUGAUGAGUUGCUCUGCCACCUAAAAGCAAGACCAAAUCAGACACGGACCAAGCGUCAAACAGAUUAGAUUAGAUCAUCAAUGGUGUCAAACCUUCAACCAGCCAACAUAGAAGAAAAACUGCAGCAGCGUGAAAACGGGCAAAUAGAAGUCCAGGUCGUGUCCGGGAUAGCCUUGGCCCGGGUCUAAGAACUGACGACCAAUCAGACAAGCUAGGAAGAAGCUGUAGACUGCCACCGUUGCCACCUAGACACCACAUACUAGUGAAGUAGGGGCAGAAAUUUCUUUUUUACAUUCAGACCUCAUAUCAACUGAAACAAACCUGAGUAUACACAAGAGGCAGGCUGAUCCAAUCAUAUCCGUACAGCUUCAUGCACUUUGCACGUAAACUGUUCAACUCCUAAACAGUGAAGAACAUCAGACAUUAUUUAGGACUGUUCAAAGCUGUUCACAUUUGCAGUCGGGACAAACGUACAGUGAGGAUGGCUGUGAGAGCCACGUCGUUGUUGAUGCGACCCUCAGUCCGGGCCCGCAAAGCCAGACUCACAAACCACAUGCAGGGAACCCAGAACUUGUUAUGGGGGGAGGGCAAGUCCUCCAGAUGCCUCAGUUCCUCUGAUGUCAUCAAACCUGAAAAAAAGUUCAUGUCUCUUUUGAAGUCAAUACACAAAGAGAAUAGUCAGGGUAAUAUUUGUUUUUCUUUGCAGAGGAUAAAGAAUAUAUGCUUGUGAGUCAUAUUUUCUGCUUUCUUGUUUUUAUUUUUUUGGGGUGUUAACUUGUAUGUAUUGUACUUGUAUGUUGUAUAUUGUUUACUAUGUCUUGUCACCGUGGGAGAGUGGGAACGAAAUUUCGAUUUCUUUGUGUGUCUUGGCAUGUGAAGAAAUUGACAAUAAAGCAGACUUUGACUUUUGA